CACACAGGGGAAGACAAUGUAGACAAUAACUAAAACUCAACAAAGAAACGCUGAUCCCCCCCAAGCUGUCAGAGCUCUUGGUAUGGUCCUUGGCUUGGGCCUCUCCAUAUAACCAGGCUUCACCUGCAGCCACAACUUUUGCCAGACCAGGAAGAGAACUUGACAGUCAGAUUAACUCAGACCUGCAGUAGAAAGAGAAACUGAUGGUGAGGAGAGCAGAGCUGUGUGUGUGUGUGUGUGUGUGUGUGUGUGUGUGUGUGUGUGUGUGUGUGUGUGUGUGUGUGUGUUUGGGGGAGGGACUCCAUCAUUUAAAGAAGUGAGAAGUUCCUGGUUGGCCAGUGAAGAAGGAAGAGAGGCCGAAUUAAACCAUCAGAGCCUCAACAUGAAAGUUCAUCACACUUUGAUCUGCUUCUUCUUCCUCACACUGCAGGAUGGAAACAUUGGUCUCAUCAAUGCAAAAAUCCCCAUUUUAACAAGAACUGAAGGACAAAGUAUCACAUUUCAAUGUCCCUUUACCAGGACUGGAGAAAGGAAGUACUUCUGUAAGGACGAAUGUGAAGAAUACAUUCUUGACAUGAAUGGUGUCAGCGCUCAAAGAGAUAGAUACAGCAUGAAAUAUAAAAAAACACCUGGGGGAAGUCGUCUGGAUGUGACCAUCACACAGCUGACCAAAUCUGACUCUGGACGUUACGGGUGUGGUUUGGACAUACGUCUCUGGCCUGAUCAAUACAGGGAGUUUAAGAUCAACGUCAAAGAUGCACCAUCCACUUCAAAACCAAACUCAACUCUCAGACCUUCUUUAACAUCAGUCCAAUCAGCCUCCACACCAGCAACAACACAGAGUUUCAGAAGGAGCUCCACGGAAACCACCAACCAGUCUGAAGGGCAGCAAACUGAGACACCAGCUGGAGGUUCAGGUGUGCUGCCGUACGUGGGUCUGACUCUGGUCGUCAUGCUGCUCUUGUUCUCCGUGGCUGUGCUGAUGUACUGCAAGAAAAGAGCCUCUAAACCCAAAGAACCUCCUGUGGAAACAGAACAUGUUGAUGCCAACCGAGUGUACGAGGAGAUCAGAGAGGACGGCAGACAGAUCAGAUCUCCUCCUGUGGAAAUCUCUUCAACUUACUCUGCCAAAUUCACCAAACCAAAUGGAGUCCAAACCUCAGAUGACUACAGCUUCAUCACUGCCACAGCAUCCCGUCCUCUGAACAAAACUGAAGACGACUCAAGUGAACUGGUCUACACUCAGGUAGAUCUUUCCAGCAGUGCUGCCUCCUCACACAUCAGCGCCCCCCGUGGUCAUACUGAUAAUGUUAUCUACUCUGUGCCUUUGAAACGCACUGAAGCACAAACUGAUGCCAAAGAUGUUUCACAGCCUUUGUACUCAGCUGUUAAUUUCUCUCAGCAGUAGCAUCAAUGCUGCUGACACCCUGUUUACUCCCUCAGUGGCCAACAGGUGAACAGACGGUGGUUUGGAUGAGUAUCACUCACACAGAAAAAGUUUUUUCUCUCAGUGACAUCUUAUAAGAAGUCAUUCAUAAUAACAGUUUGCUUCAGGUUAAGAGUCACUUUUGCUACUUCUGUUUUUAGCUAAGCCUAUCUUAAAUCAUUUUAAGUUUUUAAAGUAUUAUUAAAGUAAGUUAUUUUCUUCAAGAUAAGUUAUUUUUGUCAGUUAUUGUAAGGUAUAUUGAAAAGAGACAAGGAAAAAGUAAAGUUGUGGUGGAACAGGAAGUUCAGCCUUUAGAUGUGGAUACAUGUCUCUGUGAAGGAGAAGAUCAUUACUUUAGCUCCUGGGAUCUCUCUUUUCUAUGUUUCAUGCCUCCAGAAUUACAGAUCCAAACUGAAAGAGUUUUGCUUGGCAGAACGUCGUCGUAGGUCGCUUACUUGCUUACAUAAUGUUUGCUAAUGAUGCAAGCUCGCGGUGAUGUUGUGCAAUUUGUUCGCUUCCAGUUCACUGUAAUUCCUCUUAUUCACCUCCUUCUGCACCUUAAAUCAGCUAGCAGUUAUACUUUGGUUAUUAAAAAAAGUUUAGAUUGAAAACUGAUCUUUUCUCCUGAGAUUCCAGGAGGGAUAGAUGCUGCUUUAGUCGUUUAGGUGAACUGAAAUUAUUUUGGUCACUGCUGGCAAAUAAGUAAAAAUAUAUUAACAGUAAGAACAGUUAUUUCUAUAAGCUCUUCUGUCAUGUAACUGUACAAAUAUAUAUGUGAUAUAUUUUUUGUUAUUGCAGUUUGAUGUGUAUGUAUGGAUGCUUCACUGCUGUGCGAAACAAGCUUCAUUUGUAGAUGAUGGAAGAAUAUUGUGAAAUAAAUAUCAAUAAUUG